AUGAUCUGUGGAACACGCUUCCUCAACAGCUCCACAUACGGGCGUCUGGUGAGGGCACGCUUUCAGAAGCCUGGUGCAAGCGAACAACCAUCUGGUUCGAGCUCGAGAUGGCUAAAAAAUGUACAACAUGGAAUGGGCUGGCUAUGUACAAUACUCACGAUGGGAUGGGCCAAGGAUGUCGUCAGACAGGCGGCUCAGGCGAAAGCGAAAAUUGAUCUGCAAACGAUGUCCAUGCAGAGCAGCAAUGAAGGAAGACUUCACCCUCUACUUGCAUGUCUGCGCGUGACCUUACAAUCACUUGAUUGUGUUCCCUCUAUUACGGCUUGCUUGACACACCUCACGCGCCAGCUCAACCAGGCCAGAACGAAACCAAAAAGCAACAUUCAUUCUUAUCAGCGUGCUUGCUACGUCCAUGUCCACGUGAACGGCCGUCAAAUGGCAACCAAGGGCACCAGAGGUGCCGAAAAGCCAUGGGUUUCCGGAGACAGUGGUCCGUCCAAGGGAAUGGACUUCAGGAGACGCAAACACAUGAUGGCCACAUGGACAAGGGGAAGAACGGCCAGCGGAGUGAGGUAG